AUGGAGUCAGACCCCCUGUACAACCUGCUACACCACCCAAAGGAGGUGGAGCCACCCGCCAUAGAGGACCUCCCCCAGGGAGGAAAGAAGAAAUACUUGCCACCUGCCUCCCGGAAGGACCCCAAGUUUGAAGAGCUGCAAAAGGUGCUGACCGAGUGGAUCAACACCACGCUUCUUCAGGAGCACAUCGUGGUGCGCAGCCUGGAGGAGGACCUGUUUGACGGGCUCAUCCUGCAUCACCUCUUCCAGAAGCUGGCAUCGCUCCGGCUGGAGGUGGAGGAGAUUGCCUUGACAGCCACCAGCCAGAGACGCAAGCUCGCAGUGGUGCUGGAGGCCGCCAACCAGAGCUUGCAGGUGCAGGAGCCCCAGGUCCCCUGGAGCGUGGAGACCAUCUUCAACAAGGACCUGCUGGCCACUCUGCACCUCCUCGUGGCCCUGGCCAAGCACUUCCGGCCCAGCCUGCCCCUUCCCGCCAACGUCCAGGUGGAGGUGAUCACCAUCGAGAGCACCAAGAAUGGCCUGAAGUCGGAAAAAUCGGUGGAACAGCUCACCACGUGCAGCACGGACAAGGAUCAGCCCACAGAGGACGUCUUUGAUGAAUUAUUUAAGCUGGCUCCCGAGAAAGUGAGCGCUGUGAAGGAGGUUAUUGUGGCCUUCGUCAACCAGAAGCUGGACCGCCUGGGGCUGUCUGUGCAGAGUCUGGACACCCAGUUCGCAGACGGAGUCUUCCUGCUCCUGCUCAUCGGACAGCUGCAAGGCUUCUUCCUGCAUUUGAAGGAAUUCUACCUCACGCCCAGCUCUCCGGCUGAAAUGGUUCACAACGUCACCCUGGCCCUGGAGCUGCUGAAGGAUGACGGUCUGCUCAACUACCCUGUCAACCCAGAAGACAUCGUGAACAAGGACACCAAGAGCACGCUGCGGGUACUUUACAGCCUGUUCUGCAGGCACAAGCUGAGAGAGAGCCCGGAUGGGAUGCCCCACGGAGAUCCAAAGUAA